CUUUUAACACGCGCGUUAUGUGACAACACGGGGUCGAGCUCCCCGGCAAGGCUGUUGCGCGGGUGUAAAGUUACGAGCGGACAGGACACACCUCUAGAGGGAGUUCCCGGGGAGGUGGAGGCAAGAAGCCGAUCACUUUCUGCAGCAGAACAGUAAAAGGCGUCCGUUCAGCCGGAGGCCGCGCCGUCUUCAGAGCAGCGGCCGUGCCACGAAGAGCACAAUGCCCGGCAUGGGCAACCCUUUACGCGCGGCGGCCCUCCUGGCAUUCGUGGUUCUUUCUAUUCUGGUGUCACUCUUGAUCAGCAGCGUGCAGCAGUUUGGGGGGACCGUGUCUCACUUUGCCAAUGCAACCGUUGCUGGUGAUGAGGAGGAGUUUGCGUCUCUCCGCGGGGCGUUGAUUUACCAACUCAGCGAGCGGCGAAAAGAAAUCAUUCCGCUGCUAUUACCCGAUUAUCGUGACGAUGAUGCUGAAAACGGACUGCGCGGUGACAGCCCACGUUCUCUCCGCCGUGACCAAACGCGGGACUCGACUCUGGAUCACAGCCUGUGGAACGAGAUCGCGCACGGCUCCAGGAAAGCGCGGAUGGAUGAGAUGGACUGCGACUCUCUGGUGGACAUGCAGGCUGUGGAGAUUCUCGGGUCUGGAUACACAAAACUGGUUGUCAAAGUGAAUCUAGCCGGAGGGCAGCCCGUGGCGUUGAAACUCGUCAAUGAGCAGGGGAUCGACAUGGGGAAGUGUGUGGAGGAUUUCAGAGACCCCCGAGGCUGCCGAGAGCUUGUUUCCUACAAGCUGAAGAAAGAAAUAGUUCUGUUACAGAGGCUGCAGCAUCCCAACGUCAUUAAGCUCAAAGGUCACUGUGCAGAAGGAGGACGAGGAGAGGAUGGAAGAGUCACGGUCAUUCUGGAGCAGGGGAAUCCUCUUCAGAUGAUCCAGCUUCUCCAGAGUCCCUGGGAGGACAGAUUCAGGGUGUGUCUGGACCUGGUGCGGCUCCUGCACUUCCUGUCCGAUUCUCCCCUGGGCUCCGUGGCUCUGUUGGACUUCCAGCCGCGGCAGUUCGUCACGGUUUCCGGCCAGCUGAAGCUCACGGACCUGGACGACGCCAGCGCCGCGGAGACCGCCUGCCGGACGGACGCCGACUGCACCCUGCAGUUUCCGCACCGAAAUUUCACGGUGCUGUGCUCGCCGCGGGGGGUGUGUGAGGGCCUCAACGAGAAGAGGAACAUUUACAACGCCUAUAGGUAUUUUUUCACCUACCUGCUGCCUCACCAGGCCCCGCCUGGCUUCACACACCUGGUAGACCACAUCAUGAACUCCACAGGGGAGCUGAAAGCUGACAUCAAUCAAACGCUGGAGGCCUUUGAACACAUCCUCCUCCUCUACAAGUCUGGCCUCCACCUGGACAACCUGCCUCCAUCAAUAAUCGGAGAUUACGCCGUGAUGCGAGGCAUGGGGACCUCUGGGAACGCGGCGUACCGCUGUUGGCCGUCCUACAGCCAGCAGGGCUGCGUGCUGUCGGUCCACGGCGCCCGAGAGGCAGCGUUCAUCUGUAACUCCCACUCGCAGUGCAGCAGCUUCACUCUGACCGGACGGAAGACAUGGACGGGUCGGGUCCUGGCCUCCUUCAGCAGCGGCUUCAGUCAUCUGGUGCCCGAUGGGACGUCCGAGGUGUACGUGAAGAAAGCCAAAGCUCCCGAUGACACAACGGCGUGACGCGAGGACCCCAACGGAAGGGCCCCGCCUCGGUCCGAGCUGAGUGAGAGUUGAGGCCCAUCGCGACGCGCAAAAACAAACGCCCCCUCCCCCCCCCGCCCCCUCCCCCCGCGCGUCCUCCUCGUGAACGCCGCUCGGCUCUGUGGGCCCUGCAGGGCGAGCGUAGUGGCCCGAGCGUAUAGGCGCCGAGCCGAAGAGGCGUUGGAAGUGAGGCAAGUGAAUGUGAUGUAUUUAUAGGGCUUCUGCUCAGUGACUGUUUGAUCUUCUUGCCAGCUCACCGCCUCUGCCAGCUACUAUUUAAAGGGAUUUCCCUUCAGGUACAAUUAAGGAGGGAGAGCCUUGUGCCUUCAACGUUUCUUUUCCUUUUUUUUCCCCCCCUACCUUGUCUUUAUUUGCCAUGUGUGUUGGCUUUCGCUGUGAGGCCGGGGUCCCCCUCGAAUGAUUUUUAAGCCAAAGAGGUAAUAAGAACAGCGGCUGCAGCUCAGCAUUUGAAGCCUGAGGACGAGAAAAGAAAACAAGCUCUUAUACAAAUACACUUUGAUGUUAAUGCGCUGAGGUUGCGGCUGUUUUUCAUGGUUCUCUGGCUUAGCUGCGCUGUGGUAUUGGAUGGCAACAACCAUGUAAGCAUUUCCACAUUAACAAUGAGUAAAAAGGAUAAAAAAAACAUUCCCAAACAGUCUGUUUUUACAUACUUUUGUAAACUUGGUUCAUUUAGAUAUUUAUCAAAUGAAAUGUAAUACGUGAUUGUGUAUUUUUUAGCUUACAUGCACCUUGUGGGUGAAACUUUUAUUUUCAAUGAAAAAUUAUUCACUUCAGUGUGUUUUUUUUUUUUUUUACAAUUCACUUGUCGUAAUUGUACAGUUCUACAGUUUUUUAAUUAUAUAAAUUUGUUUCU